AUGGCUAGUUUAAUUACAAACGUUUUUGAAGACGGAGAUGCUAAUUUUGCCUUUGCCUCAUGUAAUGAUAUCAAUGAUUUGAGAGGUUACACCAGUGGUUAUGCAGGAUUUACUACUGGCACGGGAGACUCGGAAACCCUGAUUGAAUCCUACACAUUACAGGACCCGAAUAAUACAUUAGCGCCUUUUCUAGAGGCUAUUCAUCAGAUCAGCGCAUUACCUCACUGUGAUCGAAAGAACCGAGGAAAUACGUCUUCAUUGGAAGGUUUUUGUGAAGCAUGGAAAGAAGAAGCCUGUGACCCCAGUCACGCGUUUUCCAAAUUACAAAGAGACUGGGUCUAUGAAAACUAUAUGAUACCCAGUGCUCGCUAUGCAGCUCAAAGUGGGGUUCAUUCGCCUCUUGGUCAAGCCAUUUUUUAUGACACCAUUAUCCAACAUGGUUUCCAAUACGUUGAACCUGAUAUCAAUAUUGUCAGGGUAUUGACCUUGACAGGGCCUAAAGGGACCGAUGAGCCCGAAGAAUCCUUCUUGAAACGGUUCUUGACAACACGUCGAGAACUGCAGUGUUGUUAUCCUGAUGAUGUAUGGCCUGCCAGUGCUACUCGAAGUGAAGACUUUUUAACGUUACUCAACGACUUUGAGUACAAUAAAGACUUGAAUGUACCUAUCAAGCUUAAAAACUUUGAACGAACAAUUACUGGGAAUGAAGAUUCGGUGACGGAUGCAAAGCGUUGUUUAUAA